AUGAAGCAUAUAACAACUGUAACCAGCAACAUAACUGCAUGUGAAACUAAAGCAAGUGUUACUACAUUAAUUUCCUACUGUUACAUUGUUUAUGGUGUAUGUGGUGGUGGUGAUGGUGGAAGUGUUCCAUCUGUUCUUUCAGCUGUUUUCUCUCAUAAGAGUGAUGUCCAGUUACUUCCACUUAUUCUGUUUGUUUUUCCAAUCAUUGAUACUGAAGGGAGUUAUCUUCAGAACAUGCCAAUGAAUUUUUAUCAAAUGUGUUGGGAAGCAAUCCCAUUUAAUGUUUGCCUUUUUUUAGUUCCUAAUGUGCUAAUUUUUAUAUGCAUUAUUGUUAAUCUAUGUAUGAAGUUUUUAUGUUCAUUUAAAAUUCUUCACUUAUCUUCUUAUAAUAUGUUUGCCAAAGUUUUUGAAAAUUACCUAGUGCAGUGCGUGCAUGUUAUGGAAAUAAAACUAAAUACUUGA